CACUAAAAGCAAAAUUUGGUGAGAGCGUAUCAGUUUGUGACUGCUGAAGAGAUCAUAGAGUAGCUGAUACUUACCUUGAUUAAUUUACUGCUUGUUUACCUGAAUUGAGACUUCAACCUUACGUGUGUGUCCUUGGGAUAUACAUAAGUUACUUACAGGUUUCUGACACUGUCAAUGUAUGUUAGAAGGAAGGAUAGAUCACCAUAUAUGUAUGUCAGGCAUGCACUCAAAUGCAGCACUGGAGAAAAGAAAAAUCAACAUGAAAUUAGCAUGUGUGUUAAACAACUGAAAUCAGUUCUCUUUCCAUACGGUCAAUGAGAGUGUUGGCUCCGGCUCUGAGGGGACCUAGGCAGUGGCAGUACAUCUCUCAGAAUCAAAAGAACACUGUCUAGUGAUUAGUCAUGUGAAUCAAUCAAAUUGCUUGGAAAAUAGUAUUUUAAUAUGCCCAAAUGAUGGUCGUUGUAGGCCUGAUCCGAUUGAUUUGAGUGUCUAAUAUUAGAAUAAUUUGACUACAUUAUUUGCCUGUUACCGUAACAAUCUUUCUAUGUGUAAUUGCAUCAAAAGAAUGUUGGUACUUGGAAAGCUGCCACCAAAUGCAGAGUAGGCAUAACUGUGUUCAAAACUGCUCGGGCUUUUGAGAUGUAAGGAAGGUGCAGCGGUGAGCCUGGGUGACUUGCGCGAGCAGCUUCUGGUCUGCCUGCCUAGUGGGAUCAUCCAUCGUUGUGAAGCCCCAUGUAUUAGCUUGUGUAUUGUGCAAGAUUUUCACAUCUUGUUAAGAUUAGAAUUCCAGUGGAAGGCAUUUGCUAGGCAUUAAGUGACUUGUUAUGAAUGUAGGGAAUUCUACACAGUAAGGGCUGUGCUUGGUGCAAAUACUCAUCUCAACCGUCCACAGUUUUUCAAUAACCCGGGAUUUUGGGAGUAUGCUUCUCGUGCUUGAUCUAAGGUUUCCCUUGCAUCAACUGUGGUCCCACUUUGUGUUUUAAAUCAGUUAUGUACAAUAUGUUAUUUUAGGUCUCUUAAUCUUGAUUAGCAAUGGAUCUUCCUUUAGAAGUCUAAAGGAAGCCUCGAUGGCCUGUUGAACAUUUAUAGUGUGGUGUUGCUAUGCUCUGUUCCAAAUUUCUGUGUUGAAGAAAAGUUGAUGUUUUGAUUAAAAAGUAGCAUCAGCUUUUCAAAAAAUUGGGUAAGACAUUAGUAUUUGCUAUUUUAACAAAUUGCUUGUUGUUCAGACAGAAGUGUUCAAAAAGACGGGUGGUCCAGGCCAGCAGCCUCUGGCAGCGUGCAAUAACUGGCAAAUGUCCUAAUUAAUCUAUUCAUAUAAUCAGAGGUACCGUGUAAUUCACACACUGCAAAGUGAGCACAUCUGCUUGUAAAUAGCAAUUUGUUUAAUGCCCAAAUGGCUGCUUGCACUGGAAACGGUGAUGACGGGCUCCAAUUAGAUUUGCAGACUGUGCUUUGCACAGCUGUUGUGUUUAGAAACUAGAUCAGUAUGAUAGCAUAAUAGGUAACCUGAGUAUAAUCCUUCUUUGACUCCAUGGCCUGGAAAAUAAUUAGAUGGCAAUAAGAUGUCUCGUCUCUGCUGAUACCAAUGGCAGAAUCACUUUGUGUCCAGAUGUGGAGCCCUCGGUGCAGGAGAGAUGUGGACCUCCUCGGGCACGUCCAGAGGAGGGCCUCAAACACGAAAAUACUGCGUGGUGGAAGGACGAAUUCAGAUUAGUUUUCAAAGAUGCGUAAGGCACAGCUGUGUUACUGACAGAGUAUGCUUGUUCCAUCUCUGAUGAGCUCUUGAAGAGACUUUUGGAAAGGAAUGACGGGAAAAUAUCCUUUGCAGUUUUUCAUUGUGGAAGUUUGCUACCGUUCAGUUGUGGCGGGAGUUGCUGUUUGCUAAUGGUAUCCGUGUAACUGUGCUGGCAGUCAGGGUGCCUCAGCUCUUGGACAUGGUUCUGUUGUACUUAACAGGAACAAGAGGACUUAAAGUACCCGUCGAGUUGGUGGUUUUUUUUCUGCUUAUUAAGCAAAUAAAAAAAUCACCAGUUAAAAAAACAAACACAAAAGCAAACCCCAAACCAACAAGAAGCAGUGAGGGAGGAACUGCAGGUGGUAUCAGCCCUAUUGAAUGCACUGGAUCUACGGAUACAUGCAGAUAAACCAACAUCACUUAAAAUGCCACAUGCUGUUAGGAGUCCUAUCUGCCUGCAUUUGAUUGGAUUGUUAAGGUACUUGUUUUUCGCUUGGCUGCAUGCUGCCAACCUUUUGCGUUUCUGCUAGUGCGGGUUUUCAGGUAAUCUCGUUUUGCUUUUGUUGUAUCUUUCUAGCCCACUGAAAGCUGCAAUCUUUUGUCAAUAAAAGAAAUGUGAACUGUUUUGUGACGCAAAUGAGAUCUGAUUGAAGAAAUUAAAAACAAUGCUUUCAAUUGAGUUAAUGCAAUGGAAUUGUAUUUUUAGUUUGUACAACAUGUAUGCAGAGACCACUUUAUUCCUUAACAGUUACAGGAGACUUUCCUGACCCAGCAAUGGAAAGAACAGACAGAGGCACGCGGGGACUGCACCACAGCUCCCGCGUCGUCUGUCGUCUUCUGCUGGGCACGAGGCAGCGGAGCAGGUGCAGGAGCACGGCGGCUACCCCCGUGAUCGUCGCCGUGGCCGCGGUGGCCGCGUCGGCGCUGCUGCUGCUGCUGCUCAGAGGGGCGGGGCGGGGGCCGAGCCGCCCCGUCACGCUGCGGGACCCGCAGGCCAAGUACCCGCUGCCGCUGGUGGGCAAAGAGGAAAUCAGCCACGAUACUAAGAAAUUCCGGUUUGGGCUCCCUUCGUCAGAUCAUGUGUUAGGAUUACCUGUAGGCCAACACGUUUACCUGUCUGCAAAAAUCAAUGGUAAUCUGGUGAUCCGAGCCUAUACCCCAGUUUCCAGUGAUGAGACAAAAGGCUAUGUUGAUUUAAUUAUAAAGGUUUACUACAAAAAUGUGAAUCCCAAGUUCCCAGAAGGUGGGAAGAUGUCCCAGUACCUAGACAACAUGAAGAUUGGAGAUGUUAUUGACUUCAGGGGGCCAAAUGGACUGCUUGUUUACAAGGGGUCAGGUACCUUUCUGAUCAAGCCUGAUAAGAAGUCUGAAGCACAGAAAAAGUUUGCAAGGCAUCUUGGGAUGAUAGCUGGAGGAACAGGAAUAACUCCUAUGUUGCAGCUGAUCCGUCAGAUCACAAGUGAUCCUAAGGACUCUACCAAAUGUUACCUUCUUUUUGCUAAUCAGACGGAAAAGGAUAUAUUGCUCAGAGCCGAGCUAGAAGACAUUGCUAAGAGGCAUCCCGAUCAGGUCACACUGUGGUAUACCCUGGACAGGCCCCCACAAGAGUGGAAGUACAGUUCUGGCUUCGUCACUGCAGACAUGAUUAAAAGCCACCUCCCUUCCCCUGGCAGCGAGACGCUCAUUCUUAUGUGUGGGCCACCACCUAUGAUUCAGUUUGCCUGUCAGCCCAACCUGGACAAACUCGGCUAUCCCAAGAGCAGUAUAUUUUCCUAUUAACAGUGAUGUCAUCCGGUACUUUUUCUUACGAGACAGUGGAGACUGUGGACCCGAAUCCGUUCCCGAAGAAGGAGGUGAAAGGUCGUCAGAAACUACUGUACCAUCCAUGUUCUCUGUUUCUCCUGGGUUAACAACAAUAAUUGUCGAUAAUUAGUACAAAGUGUGACCAAGUUGUUAUAUCGGUGACUAAUUCUUAAAUGAAAAAACAUAAUGAAGUACAGAUAGCUAUAAAAAUGUCCUUAUAUAAAAAUAAUCUUGCUCAGAAGUUUAAAAAAAGAGUAGCUGUACAUUUGAUACAAGAAAGGGGUAUUAUAAUAUUGUUAUUUCAAUGUAUUUUAAAACAUUAAUUCCAGAUCUUUAUCUACUCUCGUGUUUCCUAUUGUUAACACCAAAAUUUGUCCCUCAAAAUCAGUGGGAAUUUUAUUGUUGACUUCAGUGAAAGCAAAAUAAAACCAAGAAUAAAUACCUUAAAAAAAAAAAGAAAAUCCCAUCUGAA